ACCCAACAGGACAACACACUUGACGUGCGUCCUUUGCGUCUGUCAUAAGAAAAACGAAGAACGUUGGAGCAGCUUUCCUCUGAUAGCCUGUUUCAUCAACAUCACAAAGAGAAGUUUACAAUCUCUCAACUUUUCCUGUUGGUCGCUUUUUGGCUUGUUGGACUGGAUGGUAUUUACUUUGGGACUAGUUUUGUGACACAGAACCGGAGGGGUUCUCUCUAGACACCCAUUACUCUUGUCUCCAAACUCAUUUGGAAACGCGCAUCACAAAAGCGCAUAUGGUCCGCUAACGGAACUGGCAAUAGCGAAUCUUGAGGGAAUUUAAACAAUUCCACCGGAGACCAGUUGGAAACUAUAGAAGACAAACUAUUUGAGGACGAUUUCUAGAACUUCACCUUCUCUUUAUUGAUAAAGUACAGCAACGAGGAUUCGAGAGCUGUAUAGGAACUAUGCCUCAAAAAGAAUACUAUAACCGGGCCACGUGGGAGUCUGGAGUAGCGUCGAUGAUGCAAAACAAGGUGUAUGACAUCUGUAACGAAGGUCACAGUGGAGUGAACCAGCUUGGCGGUGUAUUCGUCAACGGCAGACCGCUGCCCGACUCCACGAGACAGAAAAUAGUUGAACUCGCUCACAGCGGCGCGCGGCCGUGCGACAUAUCCCGGAUUCUGCAGACCCAUGCUGAUGCAAAAGUCCAAGUGCUGGACAAUGAAAACGUGUCCAACGGCUGUGUGAGUAAAAUCUUGGGUAGAUACUAUGAAACAGGCUCCAUCAGACCCAGAGCCAUCGGUGGAAGUAAACCAAGAGUAGCGACUCCGGAGGUGGUCACCAAAAUUGCCCACUACAAGAGGGAGUGUCCGUCAAUCUUCGCGUGGGAAAUCCGAGACAGACUGCUAUCAGAGGGGGUCUGCACCAACGACAACAUACCCAGUGUGUCAUCGAUAAACAGAGUACUACGCAACCUGGCUAGCGAAAAGCAACAGAUGGGCGCAGAUGGAAUGUAUGAAAAGCUGAGGAUGCUGAACGGUCAGACCGGCACGUGGGGGACCCGGCCGGGCUGGUACCCCGGAACUUCGGUGCCAGGACAGCCCAAUCAAGAUGGCUGUCAGCAGUCAGACGGAGGCGGCGAAAACACGAACUCGAUAAGCUCGAACGGGGAGGACUCGGAUGAGACCCAAAUGAGGCUUCAGCUGAAACGAAAACUUCAAAGGAACCGUACAUCUUUCACACAAGAACAAAUAGAAGCACUUGAAAAAGAAUUCGAAAGAACGCACUAUCCGGACGUUUUUGCGCGAGAGAGACUCGCCGCCAAAAUAGAUUUACCUGAAGCAAGAAUACAGGUGUGGUUCUCCAAUAGAAGAGCGAAGUGGAGGAGGGAGGAAAAAUUAAGAAAUCAAAGACGACAAGCUAGUAACUCUUCCAGUCACAUACCCAUCAGUAGCAGCUUUAGCACUAGCGUUUAUCAGCCAAUCCCCCAGCCCACAACGCCAGUAUCAUUCACAUCAGGCUCCAUGUUAGGAAGGCCAGACACGGCACUCACAAACACAUACAGCGCCCUGCCACCAAUGCCGAGCUUUACCAUGGCCAACAAUCUUCCUAUGCAACCCAGCCAGGCCCCAUCCUAUUCCUGCAUGUUGCCUACUAGUCCUUCGGUGAAUGGGCGGAGUUAUGACACAUACACACCGCCACACAUGCAAGCACAUAUGAACAGCCAAUCAAUGGCCUCAGGCACAACCUCGACGGGGCUAAUCUCGCCAGGAGUGUCCGUACCAGUCCAAGUGCCAGGCAGCGAACCAGACAUGUCUCAAUACUGGCCCAGACUACAGUGAGAACAAGACGCUAAAACAAAAAAGAAAACAGUGGGGAGGAAUACAGAGAGCAGUUUCUUCACCUCCCGUUGUCUCUCGGCUGCAGGGCUGUUCAGCAGUAUUUUACAACAGAAGGAAACGAGAAGCUAAAGGACCUUUUUUGUACUGGGAUAGUGCCACUUCUCUAUCAUUCUUUGGACAUAAAGACUUGAAGAAUUAAAGAGAACAGACUACUGUAAAGUGCCCGGUAUUAUAUCGUGAAUUGGAAAAAAAUCUGUUUUUCAGUUUCCAACAAAGUCAUUUUGAUGUAUUUGUACAUGUAAUGGCCAAUUGUAUGUUAUGACAAAAAAAGGAAAAAAAAGAAAAACUGUGGAUGGACUGUCAAACAAAGCUGGUCUUGCAUCGAUGAGCGGAAGAACAUUUGUGCGAGCUUUUCUGUCAUUCAUCAAUCUAUUUUUCAGCCGACAUCAAGAACUUUUGCUCAUUUCUGGAGUUGUUGAACAGCAGCAGAACUUAAAGGAAGUCAAUCCAUCAUUUUUUUUCCAAAGCUUGCAGACAAAGUCAGGUGUAUGUGAAACAAAAGUUUAAUGCUGAACUGGAGGAGAAAAAUUUUGGUAGCUAAAAUGGUAGAUUGUGUCUUCGAUAUAAUUCAGUUUUGUUAAUGUCAAAAUGUAAGUAUUUGUCUUCCCUAGAAGUCUCGCAGAACAAUUUCUAUAAUAAAAUUAAAUUCAUUUUAUAAUUCUCUGCAUAUUCGAUACAUAUUACACAAUUCUCACGAAAGGGCACAUUUUUAACACAAUUAGCAUUAAUGUGGCUGAAAAAAAGAAAACUUAACAGAAAAAGCCUUUGCAUACCAAUUGUUACAUCGUUGUUUUAGCUUUUGCAUUUUAUUGACAUCACUCAUAAAAUUGACCUUCUUCGCAAUAUCAGUGAUUAAUUAACAUUCGGAUUCAAUUACGUUAGAUCUGUAAAGACAUUUUUAAUAAUUGUUUUCAAAUAUUUAUCCUAAAGGCAACUUUUUUCAAAACAUCACAAAUCAGUAUUAGAUAAAAUUUAAGUUAAAGAUCAAAAUUUAUAUUAGAGACUAAUCCUUUAUGCUUCAGAGAUAACCUGAUAUCUCAAACAUGUCUCCCAUGACAUACAGUAAUUGAAAAUACAUUCUUUAAAACAGUUAGCCAAGUCUGCAUUACUGGAGUAUUAUAUUUCAUUCAACCUGAAACUUGAAACUCUGAUGUAUGUAAUUUUUGUGUUUUCAGCAAGCCUGUUCUCUUU